CCGCCGCUGCUGCUGCUGCUGCUGCCGCCGCCACCCCCCAUUCGCUCCCGGCCUCUCAGUGGUGCGCCACCACCGACACCACCUCCGCCACCACCGGCAGCAGCAGCGGGAUGAUGGACGACAAACGCGACGAGGAGCCGCGCGAGCGCCUGGAGCCGCUCUCCGACGCCGAGCUGGCCAUCGUCCAGGACACCUGGGGACGCGUCUACGAGAACUGCGAGGACGUGGGGGUCACCAUCCUCAUCAGGUUCUUUGUGAACUUCCCCUCGGCCAAGCAGUACUUCAGCCAGUUCCAGGACAUGGACGACCCUGAGGAGAUGGAGAAGAGCAGCCAGCUGCGACAGCACGCGCGGCGCGUCAUGAACGCCAUCAACACCGUGGUGGAGAACCUCAACGACCCGGACAAGGUGUCCUCCGUCCUGAACAUCGUGGGCAAGGCGCACGCGCUGAAACACAAGGUGGAGCCGGUGUACUUCAAGAUCUUGAGCGGUGUGAUCCUGGAG